AACUUGUGGAGCGCAUAUAUCAAUUCCCAUGGUGUUUGGAGAAACAAUCCGGCGAAGAAAAAUCCCAGCGGAGUCUCUGGUCCGGCGUGCGAAUCGGCGAAGUCCCCCCGGUUGCGUGUGAAACGGGUUUGGCAGUCAGCUCGAAGAGAGAAAAAAUGGCUUCAUUUGGAUCUAUCAGACAGGCUAUAUAUGAUAGAGAAUCCAGAAAACAGCAAUACCAAGCUCACAUACAAGGUCUCAAUGCUUAUGAUCGCCACAAGAAGUUCCUCAGUGACUAUGCUGCCUUUUAUGGAAAGGACAGAUCAACACAAGAUGUUUUGCCUGAUAAAACUGAUGAAGACACACUUAGAGAAGGGUACCGGUUUAUACGAACAGAGGAGGAUGAUAUGGAUCCUUCUUGGGAACAAAGGCUUGUGAAGCGCUACUAUGACAAACUUUUUAAGGAGUAUUGCAUAGCCGAUAUGAAACAUUACAAAAGUGGAAAGAUUGGUCUAAGAUGGAGGACUGAAAAGGAAGUAAUAUCUGGGAAAGGACAGUUCGAAUGUGGUAAUAAGUAUUGCAACCAAAAAGAUGGUCUAGCUAGCUAUGAGGUAAACUUCUCAUAUGUUGAAGCUAGAGAAACCAAACAGGCCCUCGUAAAGCUGGUGGCUUGUGAGAGAUGUGCUGAGAAGCUUCUAUAUAAGAAACAGAAAGAGAAGGAACAAAUGAAAGAACAGGAAAGGAAAAGGUGCUAAGUUUUCAUCCCCAUUCACACCAUCAAUGGUAUGUAUAUAUGGCAAAUUUUCCCAUGUGGAACUAAGACUUUGAGUGCUUCCAGGGAAAGAUCUGAAAACGAUGACGAGCAUGAGAGAAAGAAAGAACGGAAAAAAGGAUCUAAACCUUCAUCGUCAUCAGGCAAGGACCAUAGUAAAACUCACAAGAAUGAUGAGAACUUUGAGGAGUAUCUGGAGGGAAUGUUCCUUUGAAACCGGCUGCUGAGUGUUACUCCUAAAGGUCUUUUAUGCGCAACUACAUGUAUGUCUCGGCUUCCAUCCACAUUUCUUCAGCAUUGAGCCUUGUAAAAUCCUGUUUAUUUGACACACCCUUUGACUAGAUAAGUUGGAUGACAACCAUCCCCCAGUUGGGGGGGGGGUGUUUGGGAGUGUGUUUUGAAAUAGUUUCUAAGCUUCUACUUCACUCAAACAUAAUUAUAAGUUGGAUGACAACCAUCCCAUUGGAUGCCUUUCUCAAUGGC